AUGGUGAUUGAGGAUGUCGAUAUAUCACCGGCAAGAGCGGCGGAUGUGGUCACGGAGACGGUUGCGAGCAAAGCGGAGCAGGCGGCAGGGCUGGGAAUUCUGCUGCAGAUCAUGAUGCUGGUGCUGGCCUUCGUGCUUGGCCAUGUCCUCCGCCGCAAGAAGAUUUACGUGGUUCCGGAGGCCAGCGCCUCCCUCCUCAUCGGCCUGCUUGUCGGCGUCCUCGCCAACAUCUCCCACACUCAGACCAGCAUCAGAGCCUGGUUCAAUUUCCACGAGGAAUUCUUCUUCCUCUUCUUGCUCCCUCCCAUAAUAUUUCAGUCUGGUUUCAGCCUCGCACCCCAACCUUUCUUCUCUAAUUUUGGAGCCAUUAUCACCUUUGCUAUAUUCGGUACCUGUCUAGCUUCUGUUGUAACUGGUGUCCUUGUUUUCCUUGGUGGAUUUAUACACCUCGUGUACGGACUACCUUUCGUUGAGUGCCUAAUGUUUGGUGCUCUUAUCUCUGCAACUGAUCCAGUUACCGUUCUCUCCAUAUUUCAGGAGCUUGGCACUGAUGUCAAUUUGUAUGCCCUGGUUUUUGGAGAGUCUGUUCUGAAUGAUGCUAUGGCUAUUUCAUUGUACAGAACAAUGUCACUGGUUAAAACUCAUCCAUCUGGACAGAACUUAUUCAUGGUGGUUGUUAGGUUCUUGGAGACUUUUGUUGGGUCGAUGUCUGCUGGUGGUGUAGUUGGAUUCAUAUCUGCUUUACUAUUUAAGUAUGCAGGAUUGAGUAUUGACAGCCUUCAGAACUUGGAGAGCUGUCUUUUUGUACUUUUCCCAUAUUUCUCGUACAUGCUUGCAGAAGGUCUUGGCUUGUCUGGUAUUGUAUCAAUAUUGUUCACGGGAAUGGUCAUGAAGCACUACACGUAUUCAAACUUGUCUAGAAGUUCUCAGAGAUUUGUCUCUUCUUUCUUCGAGUUAAUAUCAUCAUUAGCAGAGACAUUUGUAUUUAUAUACAUGGGGAUUGAUAUUGCCAUGGAGAAACAUAGCUGGUCACAUGUUGGAUUUAUUUGCUUCUCAGUUAUAUCCAUUGGAAUUGCAAGGGCGGCCAAUGUCUUUUGUUGCGCAUAUCUGAUCAACUUAGUCAGACCUCAACAGCAAAAGAUACCACCAAAGCACCAGAAAGCACUAUGGUAUAGUGGACUUCGAGGAGCAAUGGCCUUUGCCCUUGCUCUACAAUCAGUUCAUGAUCUUCCUGAAGGACAUGGGCAGACCAUAUUCACUGCAACUACAGCAAUUGUCAUGUUGACGGUAUUGCUGAUUGGUGGUUCAACAGGUACCAUGCUGGAAGCUUUAGAAGUUGUAGGUGGUGAAAUUAAUAGCAAGGAGAGCCCUUUGCCUUCAUUUGAGGAAAGCAAUGGCAGCUAUGUUUCUCCUCAGAAGGAAGAAUUAUCACCAGGGAGCAAAAUCAAGUUGAAGCUUCGAGAAUUAAACAGUGCUGCAUCUUUUAAAGCAUUAGAUAAGAACUACCUCACCCCAUUCUUUACAAGUCAAAACGAAGAUGAUGAAGAAGAAGAAGUAGUUGAGCUUCUGGCUUCUAGAAGUGCGGGAUUCCAUGAUCCCCAGCAAGAACAUUAUUCUCCGUGAAACUUAAGGGAACUACACGGACAUGGUCAAUGGUAUUUGAUGUUGAAUCAUGCAAUCUGUAGAGAGCUUGAUCGAUAGGAUUUGAUUGUCACAGCUCAGUGAAGGAUCAUAGGAAGUUGUAGGGUUUGUCCUGUUAGGUUGGAAGCUAAUGAUCGUAUGUCUCUGAUCUGAUCUGUCGUGAAGCUUGGAUUUCAUAAACACAAUCUAACCACACACGCAUGCUUAACUCAUCAUGACUUCAAUGCAGCAAGUUAGUGGAACAUUAGUAUCUGAUCUUUAUAUGUUGAAUAUUACAUCUUUUUUUUUUACGUUAUUAUUUUGCAGUUUAGGAUAAAAAUAUUAUAUACAACGAACAUGCAUGCAUGCAUGCAUUCACAGACGUUCCUUCCUUCCGAUUUCCAAAAUAAGGAGGAAACUAGUUAAAUAAGGGAAAGUCAUAAAUUUGAGGAAUAAAUUGAAAUAAAUAAGAUGAAUGCGAAUAUGAAGAAAUUGUCAUCAAUAAUAGAAAAAUAAAUCUGAUUUUCAUAAAAUGUGUGAUCUGAAAUUAGGUUUGCCAUUUAAAAAUUGGAUUGAAUAGAAAACGAGCUAAUGCAUGUCGUGUUAUUCACAAACACCCUGGAACUUGACAAAGGGGAUGUCGAGUUCUUCACUCCCCAUUCGAUUUUUUUUUCUAUCGUGUCAUACAUUAUUGCAAAUGUUAAUUAAACUUUAGUGAUCAAAAUUUGAUAAUAUCAGUGUAUUAAUUA